UCAACCGGGCCAGGGCGUCGUUCCGGCAGUCCUUUCGUAUGGGUUCCCUCCGCCGCGGUAAGUCUCCAGCCUCGGGUCCGUCCACGUCCCCCGGGGCGCGUAUGGAACCCAUCCCCGACGAACCUGCUGACGAGCCCCAGGAGGAAGACGAGGACAACGCCCAUUCCACCAGAGGGCGUGAUGACAGCAGCGACCAGCGGGACCCUUUGCUCGGCUCCUCCGCUGCCCUCCUCAACUCUACGCCCACCAACGCUUCCCACGUUACUAUUACUGCCGAAGGUGCUCCAGGGGCCGCCGCCUCUCCUCGUAAGUCCACCGGCGUCAUCCCAGCAGCAGGAGCGGGCACCUUACCUACUAGUUCUUCUGCUGUUCCUACUGCCGAGCCUUCUGCUGUUACUACUGCUGCUUCUGGUGCCACUGCCGCUACGCUCGUCGUGUCUACUGCUAGUGAUAGAAAGCACACCUUCGACGCCCUCCACGUGGGUCGUCCUUCCCUCCAGGCUUUCCUAGAUGAUCGCAAGACGUCCCUGCCCAUCUGGAAGAGGAAGGACUCGGCUGUCUCACGCAAGGACUCCGUCGCUACUACUACCUCUAAGGCCUCUGAGAAGAUGGGGUCCUUUGCAGAGGAGUCCGGGCGGAGCAGGUCGUCCAUGCGUCCGGCCACCUCCCUAGACGCCAUCAGCCACCACCGCGUCUCUCAGCCCUCCGGCAGGGAGUUCCCCUCUCGCUCUGCUACCAUCUCAACAAUGUAUCCCAGCGACCCCUCCCAGCCUGGCCUGAGCGGCAGUAAACACAGACCUCACACCUUCGGCAACCUUGAUCCAGCCGCCCGUAACAACAUCCUCAAGCCUUUCCCCAACGCCUCUUCGGAGUCUGAUCUGUCGAGGUACCGCACCAGGCUGCCAGGGAGGGACCGUAAGAGCCCCUCCCUCAGCAACCUGACCACGGAGGGCAUCAAGCACAAGUUCUCAUUCCAAGACCCCAACGCCGCCAAGGGUCUCUUCCCUAGCGCUAAGGUUGGACACCAGAAGAUCGACAAGGUAGCCCACGUCGGCCAGGUGGUUGGUCGUAGGUCUGGCAGCUUGGGUUUGGCACCGGCAGCAGUACGUCCCACCCGGCGAGGCAAGCGGCAACGAGAACCCGCCGAGUAUGACAUGUGA